UCCUCACUCACUCACUCACUCACUCACUCGCGGCUCAUCUCAUCCCGCCCGCGCGCUGCCCGUUGCCCCGGAGACGGAGAGAGAGAGAGAGACCGCGCGGCGCAGGGGCCUCAGCCCGGAAAUGACGUCGCGGCCCCGGCCCGUUGCCCCGCAGGCUGCGGGGCGGCCUCAGCCCGGAAAUGACGUCACGGCCAAGAUGGAGCCGACCCGACCCGCACUGGACGGGUUUAGGAGCCGUUGCUGAGGGUGGAGAGACGGGGAUGUGACCGGCUAUUGAGGGUGGCCAGGGUGCCGGUGAGUCGCCUACCCACCCACCCCAUCUGCUAGCUGUGCGGGAUGAGCUUCGAGGGGCUGAGCUUCGAUGGAGGACCACAUGAUGGGGCACAACAAGGAGAAGCGUUAUGAGUGCGACGUGUGUGGCAAGGCCUGCCGGAGACCGAGCGAGCUGGAGAUCCACCGGCGGGUUCACACGGGAGAACGCCCCUUCAACUGCUCGGAGUGCGGCAAGAGCUUCACCCGCUACAGCAACCUGCUGGGGCACAACCGCGUGCACUCCAGCGAGAGGCCCUUUGCCUGCUCUGAAUGUGGCAAGAGCUUCAAGGGGGCGAAUGACCUGAAGAUCCACCGGCGGGUGCACAGCGGGGAGCCGCUCUACACGUGCGGCGACUGUGGCAAGGGCUUCUCCCUCUCCAACAGCCUGCUGGCGCACCAGAGUACCCACACCGGCGAGCACCCCUACACCUGCACCCAGUGCGGCAAGGGCUUCACCCAGUCCAACAACCUGCUGGUGCACCAGCGCACCCACACCGGCGAGCGCCCCUACACCUGUGUCCAGUGUGGCAAGAGCUUCCCCCACUCCAGCAACCUGCUGAAGCACCAGCGCACCCACACCGGUGAGCGUCCCUACACCUGCGCCCAGUGUGGCAAGGGCUUCACCUACUCCCACCACCUGUUGCAGCACCAGCGCACCCACACCGGCGAGCGCCCCUACACCUGUGCCCAGUGUGGCAAGGGCUUCACCCAGUCCAGCAGCCUGCUGAAGCACCAGCGCACCCACACCGGUGAGCGUUCCUACAUCUGUGCCCAGUGCGGCAAGGGCUUCAACUACUCCCACCACCUGCUGGAGCACCAGCGCACCCACACUGGCGAGCGUCCCUACACCUGUGCCCAGUGCGGUAAGGGCUUUACCAGGGCCAGCAGCCUGCUGAAGCACCAGCGCACCCACACCGGCGAGCGCCCCUACACCUGUGCCCAGUGUGGCAAGGGCUUCACCCAGUCCAGCAGCCUGCUGAAGCACCAGCGCACCCACACCGGCGAGCGCCCCUACACCUGCGCCCAGUGCGGCAAGGGCUUCACUUGCUCCACCAGGCUGCUGUCCCACCAGCGGGUGCAUGCCGGCGAAUGUCCCAUCCCCAGCUCGGUGUGUGGAGAGCACUUUGCCAUGGCCUCCCAUGCCCUGUCACACCAGCGCUUGCACACCAGUGGCCAGCACUACGACUGCCCGUACUGUGGUGAGGCGUUUGACAGCUCGCGGGGGUUGCGGCAGCACCGGCGGGCCCACGCCGGCGAGCAGCUGCUCCCACUGUGACAAGAGAGCAUGGGGGCUGCGGGAGCACCAGCGGAUACACACCAGAGAGAGAACGUUUGUGUUAGCUGAGUGUAGCAAGGGUUUCACCCGCAUGUCCAGCCUGUGCAGGGCUCUCGCUUAACCUUUUUUCCCUGUUGCCAGCCGGGCAACCUAGGCAGCUUUUUAGUUUGCCAAAUGACAGUUUAGGUGGUCAUUUAGGACGGCUCACAUGGCAAGCGUGAUAAUCUGCUCAGACGAAGUGCGUAGUUACCAGUCGGAAUUAUGGUCAAUGAAGCAUUCACAUAUUAUUUCUGCUUCAAAUAAAGUCACAAACUAAACAUAUUCACCAAUCAAGACAUGAUAUAUACCACAAUGACAUGCAGCAACAUUACAAUACAGUAUCUCAUCUCUUUUUACACGUUACAAUGAAUGCAGUUUCUAUUAUUUCUUUCCACUUCCAAACAAAAUUCUGGUUGGAUUAUUCAGUGUAUGAUCAACCCCAGUGAGACCAAGUGCAGCCUUGGCGAUCGCUCCCCACAGUACCUCCUCAGUUUGCAAUAACCAACCUGAUCACCCAAUGGCUCAACACUUCAACUCACCCUCCCAUUCCGAAUCCGACCUUUCUGCCCUGGGCCUCCAGGGCCAGAGUAAGGGCCCACUGCAAAUUGGAGGAGCAGCACCUCAUAUUUUGCUUGGGUAGUUUACACCCCAGCAGUAUGAACAUUGACUUCUCCAAUUUCAGGUAGUCCCUGCUUUCUCCUCCCCUUCCCAGCCCUACUUCAGCCCACUGUCUUUGCCUUUUCCUUUCUUCUUCCCGCCCGCACCCUCACAUCAGUCUGAAGAAGGAUCUCAACCCGAAACGUUGCCUAUUUCCUGCGCUCCAUAGAUGCUGCCUCACCCGCUGAGUUUCUCCAACAUUUUUGUCGACCCAUUCACACAAGUUCUAUCCAUGUACCUGUCUAUAACUGUUUCUUAAACGUUGGGUUAGGCCCAGCCUCAACUACCUCAUCCGGCAGCUUGUUCCAUACACCCAUGCACUCUUGAAAAGUUACCCCUCAGAUUCUUAUUAAAUCUUUUCCUCUUCACCUUGAACCCAUGUCCUCUGGUCCUCGACUCCCUCACUCUGGGCAAGAGAUUCUGUGCAUCUAACUAAAUUGUGUUCUAUGCAAGAUUCCCACAUCUGCAAUUUCUUGUGUCUCCCUCACCUAUAUCCACCUAUCACUUCUGAAGAAGGGUCUUAACCUGAAACAUCACCCAUUCCUUUUCUCUAGAGAUGCUGCCUCUCCUGCUGAGUUACUCCAGCAUUUUGUAUCCACCUCUCACUUGCCAGGCUUUGUCCAGCCCCCAUCUCUUUUUUCCAGCUUCCUACCCACCGUCUCCAAUCAGUCUGAAGAAUGGUCCCGACUCAAAACAUUGUCUGUCCAUUCCCUCUAAAGUGGUGGAGGAACUCAGUGGGUCAGGCCGCAUCUGUAGGGGGAAGGCAAUCUAAGGAGACCAUUCCCAUCUCUCCUUUCCAACUUUCUCCACCCCCACACCAAGCAGUCUGAAGAAGGGUCCUGACCUAGAAUGUUGCCUGUCCAUGCUCUCCAGAGGUGCAAGUUACUCCAGGAGAUUGUGUCUAUUUUUGUAAACCAGCAUCUGCAGUUCCUUGUAUCUAGACUAGGCGUGCAUUUCACCCUACACUUGUGCUCGGUCCGUCAAGGCCUGCUGGAUCUCCCGGUUGCCAACCAUUUUAACCACCCUUUCCAUUCCCACACUGGUCUUUCUGUCCUGGGCCUCCUCCAUCUGUCAUGGGCCUGAAUGGCGGUGCAGGCUCGAAGGGCCGAAUGGCCUCUACUCCUGCACCUAUGUUCUAUGUGUAUAUGUGGGGGGCGGUGGUGGGGGAAGCUUUUACAUCUCUUCCUUGCAUGGGAGAUCCGACCUUUUCCCUGUCGAGUCUCCAUUGUCGUUGGGGCCUAGCACUGUGGAGAGGACUCCAGCCGGAACGACCUGGGGGCUUCAAUCGCAAAGCCUGCAGACUUACCAUCGUGGGGCUGGUCGGCUUUGGAGCGUGGGGAGCUGAGGUGGCGCGCGGCUGCGACCAGACUUCGGAGCUUCGGAGGCUCCAGCUGCAGGCCUGUGGACGGUGACAUCAGGAACUCGCGGGUCCCUCGUGGGAGACCACUUUACGGGGCUCCCGCGGUGGCAGCUUCUCCCAUCUGAGUUGCGGGGCUGAAAACUACCCGUAGCGGGGCCUGACAUUGCCCGGCGCGGCUUUAACGGCUGUGGGAUUUGCCUUCGCCCGCUGGGGGUUCCAACAUUAAGACCCGGAGCAGGGCCUUACAUCGCAGGCACGGCCGCAGGACUCACCAUAGUCCGCCGAGGGCUUUAACAUCCGGAGAGGAUGGAAAGCAGGGUAGAGACAAGACUGUCUUCCAUCACAGUGAGGAGAUUUACUGUGAUGUAUGUCUGUGUGAAUUGAGUUGGUUGUGUGCCUUGUAAAAUUGUUUCUUUCUGUUGUAUGGCUGCAGAAACCAAAGUUCCUAACCGAAAAAUAAAGUUAAUUGAAUUGAAUUUAAA